AUAUAUUGCAUUGCUAUUUAAUAUGUUCAAUAGUUUUAAGCAUUUUUUUACAUUCCUCUCUGAACUGGACAACUAUUUACAACAGACAAUGGGGUAAGCUUAGUCACCUACUUCUCUUAUGUGUUCUCUGUAUAGUUCAAAUUUGCUAAUGGAAUCAACUGAAAGUAUGAAAUAUUUUCAACUGGUUUGGCUAUGUUGGGCUUUCUGCUUGAAUGGUUUCAACAAUGGUAUUAUUGGUCCAAGUCUACCAGACCUUGCAGAGAAUAUUCACCGACAUGUCAAUGAAAUAAACGUUAUUUUGCCAACCACAUCUGCAGGAAAUUUCAUUGGAAUCCUUAUUAGCAGUGCAUGUUUAAAAUUUAAAAGCAUGUAUCUAUUUAUAACUGUCAGUCUGUUAUUAGGGGCCAUAGCUACUUUUUUCAUUCCUUUGGCUGGAAAUCUCACAAAUACUCUAAUUCUAUUUUUUUUACAAGGCCUCUCGAAAGGAUUGGUUGAUGCUUAUUGCUAUGCAUUAUGCCUGUGCCUAUUUCCAUCAAACCAUAAUUGGCAAAUGUUGAGCUUGCCUGUAGCUUCAGCUUUUUCUGGACUCACCAUUGCAUUCAUAGUCAGAGCAUUCCAGAGCCACUCGAUUAUUUAUUCAAAUGCCAACAUCACUUCCAUCACUGAAUGCACGAAAGACACUUGUUAUACGACCCCUAACAGGAUUUCUUAUCCCUACAUGAUUGUAUCUCUUAUAUUAGUCCCACCAAUUCUGGCAUUCUUCUACUAUUUUAUUGAAGAACUACUGAAGAAGGUAAAAAGAGUUGACUAUACUGUCAUAUUAGAUUUACCUUCUGUCAGAUCAGUAAAUCUAAAAGGCAAACUAGCCUUCAUUAUUUUAAUUUUCCUCUUUCAUAUUCCUGUAUAUGGAAGUAUCAUAACCUAUAGUCAUUUAUUGACCCUUUAUGGAAUAUCAUCUCCACUGUUUCAAUCUAAAUCUGUUAUGGCCACUAUAACUGCACUGUUCUGGGGUUCAGUUUUGCUUGGAAGAAUAACUAAUGUGUUUCUCUCAAGAUAUAUAUCCAUGCAAGUAUUACUCACCCUCAAUUUUGUAGGUUUAGUGAUAUUUACAACAACCCUGUUCUUGUUCAAAUUUGAAAUUGCUUACAUUUGGGUUGGUUCGUCAGGGUACGGUUUCUUUCAAUCGUCUUUUCUACCAUCUGUAAUGACAUGGGCUGGAUCAUUCUUGGAGUUGGAUGUCAUUAUUUUGUACACAUCAUUAAUGGCCAAUGGAGUUGGUGAAAUAGUUAUUCCUUAUACAGCUGUUUUAAUGUUUCAACACAUAAGUCACAAGGUACUGAUGAUACUCAUAUUUUCAUUAAGUUUAAUUGAACUAGGGUUAUUUUUAGCAAUAUGUUAUCUUAAAAGGAUCCACAACAAGAAAAACAAUCAUAUAAUAUUUUAAAGGCUUUGCAAGUUCUUUUUUUUUUAAAUUUUAAAUUUAUAUUGAAUUGUUGUUUUACAUUGAAAAUAACUCAAAAACAAUUGAUGAAUUUUCAAUAUCAAUGUAAAUCUAGACAAACAUUGAAAUAAUAGAAAUUCAAAAUUAUAAAUUAUACAUUUUGAAAAGACAUUAUGGGAAAAUAUUGUAGCAUAUUAUGUUGGUGACAUAUUAUGCACUGUUGCCAACUUAUAAUAGUGUUCUGAACAUGCCAUACCUUGUUACUUGCAAGACUUUUCUUUAGUAUCACUUGCAUGCCAUAAAACAUUACAACAUAUGAGAGUGGCUUAUAUAUAUAUAUAUAUAUAUAUAUAUAUAUAUAUAUAUACACACACACACAUACAGAAUAGCCUUUCAUUAGGCUUAUGAAAGGGUUUAAAGCUAUUAGAUUCUAAAUCUAGAUUUAUGUCUAAGAAAUUAAUGUUGUUCAGGUUUGUCUAUCAUGAUUCUUAAACCCAUUCUUUGGAAGAAUGCAAUGAGAUUCUUCCUAAGGCCAUCAAGAUCAUGCCCGUUCAUAUUGAAGGUAACUAUAAGGCAAUCAUCCCUAUAUAAUCCUGUAUUUAGUGAAGGAAAUUCUAUAUUCAAAUUGUAUAAGAUGUAAAUACCUAUUAACAUGUACAAUUCUGUUGUCAUAUGCACCUGUUGGUACAUUGAAUAAGGAGUCUCCAUUCUUUUUGACCCAUGCUGUGUUGUCAAAAAAAAAGUAGAGAUUUCGUGGCAUGCAAAAUAAUGUCAACAUUGGAAUUGCUAAUAGAAACGUACUCCUUAGCAAAAUUUUGUGCUCUACAGAGUAGAGACCUGGAUAAAGAUGGGUAAAACUCUACUAUAUCAACCUGAGUAUACAUA